AUGGGGUGCGUCCCGGUCCUCCUCUGGCUGGCCCUGGCCCUGCUUUCCCCGGGGACCGGCAGCCCCCUCCCCGGCAAGACCCCCGCGGCCUCCAAGCUGCUCCUGGUCUCCUUCGACGGCUUCCGCUGGGACUACGACGUGGACGUGGACACGCCCAACCUGGACGCCAUGGCGGCCGCGGGGGUCAAAGCCCACCACAUGACCCCGGCCUUCGUCACCAUGACCAGCCCCUGCCACUUCACCCUCGUCACGGGCAAGUACAUCGAAAACCACGGAGUGGUGCACAACAUGUACUACAACGUCACGACCAAGGUCAAACUGCCAUACCACGCCACGCUGGGGAUCGAAAGGUGGUGGGACAACGGGUCCCUGCCUAUCUGGAUCUCGGCCCAAAAACAGGGGCUGAAGACAGGCUCCUUCUUCUACCCCGGCGGCAACGUGACCUACCAGGGUCAGCCGGUGACCCAAAGUCGGAAGGAGCCGGUGGGCCACAAGUACAACAACGAGACGGAGUGGAGGCAGAACAUCGACACGGUCCUCCGCUGGUUCGUCCAGGACAACCUGUCCCUGGUCACCCUCUACUUCGGCGAGCCGGACUCGACGGGCCACAAGUUCGGGCCCGACUCCCCGCAGAGGAGGAGCAUGGUGGCCCAGGUGGACCGCACGGUGGGCUACCUGAGGGACCGGAUCGAGAGCAGCGGGCUCCGGUCCACCCUCAACCUCAUCAUCACCUCGGACCACGGCAUGACCACGGUCAAGAAGAAAGCCGACGACCUGGUGCAGUUCCACAAGUUCAAGAAUUUCACCUUCCAGGACAUCAAGUUUGAGCUCCUGGACUACGGGCCCAGCGGGAUGCUGUUGCCCAAAGACGGGAAGUUGGACCACGUCUACGACGUUCUGAAGGAUGCCCACCCGAGGCUGCACGUCUACAAGAAGGAGGACUUUCCCAGAAAGUUUCACUACGCCAACAAUUCCCGGAUCACCCCCCUGGUCAUGUACAGUGAUCUACCCUACGUCAUCCACGGGAGAAUCAACGUCCAGAACAACAACGGCGAACACGGCUUUGACAACGGGGAGAUGGACAUGAAGACCAUCUUCCGAGCCGAGGGUCCCAAGUUUAGGAAGGGGCUCGUGGUGGAGGGCUUCGAGAGUGUCCAUGUCUAUGAGCUCAUGUGCAAAAUCCUGGGCAUCACACCCGAACACAACGAUGGCUCCCUCAACGUCACCCUGCCCAUGCUCAUUCAAGGGCAGCCACAGGUGUGGAUGCCCAAGCUUCAAUCAAUCCGUGGUACUUAUUGA